ACAAACUGUUUCCUUGUUUGUUUCUCCGUCGAUAAAAACUUGGCAUCAUACGAUAACGUUGCCCUAAAAUGGGUUCCAGAAGUGAGACAUUUUGGGCCGAACGUUCCAAUACUUUUAGUAGCUACUAAAAUCGAUUUACGAGACGAUCCAAGUUUAGCGUGUUAUACGACAGAAGAAGGGAAAAAACUGAAGAGGAAAGUGAAGGCCCAAGGUUACAUGGAAUGUUCUGCGCUGAAAAUGGAAGGACUAAAUGAAGUGUUCGAGGAAGUUAUUAGAAUAUACAGUAAAAGCAAAAAUAAGAAACCUGCCUCUAGGCCGUGUGUGGUACUAUAGACCAAAUUUUAAAACGUGUAUUCAUAAUAAAACUUUAUAAUCAUUUGGAUUAUGCAGGAACCAGAAGAAAGAUAAUUAAGUUAUUUCA